CCGGAAAAGGUUAGGAAAAUGCCGUCGGAGAAUGUUGUCUCCCAUUGAUCGCAAUGCAUAUCGUAAUCGUAAUGCAAUUCAGUUGUAUCAGACUCGGUGGACGUCCAACACGAUCCCGCUGACCGAAUCCCGAGAACCUGUAAAGGAGCUUCAGUUUCGUUGAUUGCUGAUGCCGAUGCCGAUGCGUGAAUGCAGGGGACAAGUGUGGUCAUGAUAUGCGGCUUGUCGCAGUACGGUUCACGAACGUUCUGUGCCCCAAUUUGCCUGACCCACCACGAGCUGCGCACACGGUACGCCCCGUUUCCACCAACUCUUGAUAUAACGAGAGGCGUGCCCGCACAACCCAACAACGAAGGCCGACGCGUAUAAUCUCCCAUCGUGCCGAGCUGCGACUCACCUCCGAAGCGCUGUGCCGUCAUUGAAUGCCUAUAGAUAACUUCGAAUUUAGACACAGGAUCACGAUGAGGCCGGCCUUGCACAGUUGCAAAGAUAUAGCGUCCAUAGUAACGGGGUGGAGCAAACCGCGGAAUUGAAUUGAUCCAACCCUCUCUGCGAGCCUUCGAGGGGUAUAAAGGCGAUUUCCUGCAUCAUGCGCUUCCAGAUCAUUCUUAUCGCCUCGCUCGCCGCCGUAGGCUUGGCCACUCCUAUCGAUAAUGCAAAGGAGCUCGUCUCUCGUGGCUGCCCGCCGAACCCAGGCAACGCGUGCCCGGAGGGAUUCUUCCAGGUUCGUUUUACUAUGUUAACAACCCUGGGCGUGGAUGAGCGAUUGUUAAUGACGAGCUCGCAGUGCUUCGGACAGUGCAUCCAGUGUGGCGCUGUCUGCAACUGGCCCCGUUCUGAAUCCCCAGUAACACGCCGCCCGCAAGCUGGUCUUCCUCUCACCGUUGCUCAAGCUCGUUUCAUAUAAUCGUGAGGGCUCGAUAUAUCGCGUGGCUUCAUGGGCACCUCUGCAUACCACGCAGAUUCGGCGACGCCUGAGACUUGAGAUGUUCGAGAAAG